CACCCCCAAACACACUCACUCUCAUCACUACCAUCCCACCCAUAUAUAGUCCCACCAAUCUCGUACAUUCCCCUAUCACUCGCACUGUAAGAAAAGAAAACACCACCUCAAUGGCCAUGGCUCUCCGCCGACUCUCCUCCACCUUCACCAAACCAACCACCGCCUCUUCUGUUUACCGCAUGUCCUCUUCCCUCCCCGCGCUCGACAAUGACAAAUCUCGCGCCGAUUGGAUAAAGCAGCUCAAUGAUCCUCUGGAAACCAUAGAUCCUGAGAUCGCUGACAUAAUCGAACUCGAGAAAGCUCGUCAAUGGAAGGGAUUGGAACUUAUACCUUCGGAGAAUUUCACGUCGCUGUCGGUGAUGCAAGCUGUUGGAUCGGUGAUGACGAAUAAAUACAGUGAAGGGUAUCCUGGUGCUAGAUACUAUGGAGGAAAUGAGUACAUUGACAUGGCCGAGACCUUGUGUCAGAAGCGUGCACUUGAAGCUUUUGGGUUGGAUCCAGCAAAAUGGGGAGUCAAUGUGCAGUCGUUGUCUGGUUCCCCUUCUAACUUCCAAGUUUACACUGCUUUAUUGAAACCUCAUGAAAGAAUUAUGGCACUCGAUCUUCCCCAUGGUGGGCAUCUAUCACAUGGCUAUCAGACUGACACCAAGAAGAUAUCAGCUGUAUCGAUAUUCUUUGAAACAAUGCCGUACAGAUUGAAUGAGACUACUGGUUAUAUUGAUUAUGACCAGAUGGAGAAAAGUGCUGCACUUUUUAGGCCAAAGUUAAUUGUCGCUGGUGCUAGUGCUUAUGCUCGCCUUUAUGAUUAUGAACGUAUUCGUAAGGUCUGUGAUAAACAGAAGGCAGUAAUGUUGGCUGAUAUGGCACACAUCAGUGGGUUGGUUGCUGCAGGUGUUAUUCCUUCUCCUUUUGAUUAUGCAGAUGUUGUAACAACCACAACACAUAAGUCACUUCGUGGACCACGUGGGGCUAUGAUCUUCUUCAGGAAGGGUGUGAAGGAAAUAAACAAGAAAGGGCAGGAAGUGUUGUAUGACUACGAAGACAAAAUAAAUCAGGCUGUUUUUCCUGGACUUCAAGGUGGUCCUCACAAUCACACUAUUACAGGCUUGGCAGUUGCACUGAAGCAGGCUAUGACGCCAGAAUUCAAGAAUUACCAAAAACAAGUGCUUAGUAACUCCUCGGCUUUUGCACAGAGUUUGAUAGAGAAAGGCUAUGAACUUGUAUCUGGUGGAACUGAAAACCAUUUAGUGUUGGUGAACUUAAGAAACAAGGGCAUCGAUGGCUCAAGGGUUGAAAAGGUGUUAGAAUCAGUUCAUAUAGCUGCCAAUAAAAAUACUGUUCCGGGGGAUGUGUCUGCUAUGAUUCCCGGAGGCAUCCGAAUGGGAACCCCUGCUCUCACAUCCAGGGGUUUCAUUGAGGAGGAUUUUAGAAAAGUAGCUGAAUACUUUGACGCUGCAGUCAAGAUAGCCUUGCAGAUUAAGGGAAACGCUAAAGGUACAAAGUUGAAGGAUUUUGUGGAAGCUAUGCAGUUGGAUGAAGAAAUUCAAUCUAAGAUUGCUAAGGUCCGUCAUGAAGUAGAGGAUUAUGCUAAGCAGUUCCCCACAAUUGGUUUUGAGAAAGAGACAAUGAAGUAUAGCUCGUGAAGAUGACAUAUGGAACUUCUAUUUGAUUUUUUUGGAGGUUUCUGGAAUAAUAACUCGGGAGUUUGGGAGUUUGAUAUGCUGCUGAAUAGAUUUGUACCCUAGUCUUGCAUGAAAAUGAGAAUUGUAUUACCAAUGAUUAAGUGAAAGAUAAAAAGGAAGAAAUUUCCUUCCGAUGAUAGACCAUUUAUAGGGUUAUGUUGCCUAUUAAAAAAUUUUUUUAUAGGGUUAUGCAAUUUCUUUCAAACUUGAGAAAAGAUAUUGAUUUAAAAUGGAAACUAUCUUUUGAUUGUGUAGAAAAAAUGAGGUUGAGCAUUAGUGGAAUUUGCUAUUUGCAUUUGUAUUA